AUGGCGCUCGACACCUUCUUCCACAACAAGAUUGAGAGCAUGAAGCUCGAGAUCAUCCAGGGACAAGCAGUGCUGCGACGACUGGAGGCUCAACGAAAUGACUACAACUCACGGGUACGCCUGCUACGAGAAGAGCUCGGCCUACUACAACAGCCUGGAUCCUAUGUCGGAGAGGUGGUCAAGGUGAUGGGCACGAAGAAGGUGCUAGUGAAGGUGCAUCCUGAGGGCAAAUACGUCGUUGACAUAUCCGACAACGUCGACAUCUCCAAGCUCACCGUCGGCAAGCGCGUAACCCUCCUCAGCGACUCCUACAAGCUCGAAAAGAUGCUCCCCUCCUCCGUCGACCCGCUCGUCUCCCUCAUGAUGGUCGAGAAAGUCCCAGACAGCACAUACGACAUGAUCGGCGGGCUAGACCAACAGAUCAAAGAGAUCAAAGAGGUCAUCGAGCUCGGCCUAAAACACCCCGAGCUCUUCGAAUCCCUCGGCAUCGCGCAGCCCAAGGGCGUGCUACUCUACGGCCCUCCUGGAACGGGCAAGACGCUGCUGGCGCGCGCGGUGGCGCAUCACACGGACUGCAAGUUCAUCCGAGUCAGUGGCAGUGAGCUGGUGCAGAAGUACAUUGGCGAGGGCAGCCGAAUGGUCCGCGAACUAUUCGUCAUGGCCCGAGAACACGCGCCCAGCAUCAUAUUCAUGGACGAGAUCGACAGCAUCGGCUCCUCGCGUGUCGAGGGCAGCAGUGGCGGCGACUCGGAGGUGCAGCGGACGAUGUUGGAGCUGCUAAACCAGCUGGACGGCUUCGAGCCGACAAAGAAUAUCAAGAUCAUCAUGGCGACGAACAGACUGGAUAUCCUGGAUCCGGCACUCCUGAGACCGGGGCGGAUUGACCGCAAGAUCGAGUUUCCGCCGCCCACGGUCGAAGCGAGAGCGGAUAUUCUGAGGAUCCACUCGCGGAGCAUGAACCUCACCCGUGGCAUCAACCUGACGAAGAUCGCGGAGAAGAUGAACGGAUGCUCGGGUGCGGAGCUGAAGGGUGUGUGCACUGAGGCGGGUAUGUACGCCUUGAGGGAACGAAGGGUGCACGUCACGCAGGAAGACUUUGAUUUGGCGACGGCGAAGGUGCUGAACAAGCAUGAUGAUAAACAGACAAGUUUAUCAAAGCUUUGGAAGUAG